CUUACAACCCUCUCUAAAACCACAAACAGUUUAUUAGAAUGCAAACGUGAUUCAGUCGAUACAGAUCCCUUAACAAAACAGCCCUUGAACAGGGACGACAGAAAACUCAUGUUUCAGCGUUUGAAUUAAUAACACCUACUUCAAAUUGUUUAGGGGUUCAAUUUGCACUGAACCCAAAAUGAUAAAGGGAGGUAUGUGGCGAUCGAGCACGGCUAUAGGCUGCGUUGACGUGGGAUCUGCCUUCUCAGUGUAGAAUAAAAGUUUUGCAAAUGUUACGCAGGAGCGAAAGCUUCUAAUGCAAUGUAAAUCAGGGCCAAUCGUCGCUAUUAGUAAGGUGUGGGAAUGCCAGUAAUUAGGACUGGCUUUGUGUGGUGUAGUCGCGCAUAAUGACGUGCUCAUAUGAGAUCAUGCAAAGUUUAUGACAGUAGAAGAACAAGUAAAAUCAUUAUAUGAAAGUACUGAAUUCUGUUGAUCUGCAUAAACAUGAGCACCGCGAUAAAGAGGCUUGAGACGUGCAGUACUAAUUCCCCAUUGCGGAAUAUAGUUUGCUAAGGCUGGAUUAUUUGAAACCUAAUGCAUUCUUUUUCAGUGAAAUUGGGGUUAUAUCAGUGAAAUUGGGGUUGCUUCUAAGGGUCUGCAUUGCUUUGAAGGGAUAUGGAGUUAUCAAAUGAAAUAUAGGGCAUUUUAAAACAGCUGCUACUGUAGAGUUACUUUUAAUUAAUAAUAUAGAGGCAAGUACUGUAGCCAUUUAAAAAAAAUACAUGCAUGCUAAACAAGCAACAUAGACACCACGUAUUUACAUAGGUCUGGUAGGCACGCAUACAGUAUUUUCCAAUACAUUUUAACAUGCACCGUGUUCUAUUUAUACACCAGCUCUCGAUUGGCCGAAACCACUUCUCUGCUGUCACUUUGGGAUUGUGACAUGCGCAUUGCGCUCCUCCUGUUUAGUUGCAGAGUGAAGCACAGCAGAUUUUGGAUUGCAAUGGAACCGUACUGAGUGUGUUUCCCUCAUCAUAAUAAACCUUCCAUUUCUAAUAAAAUGGCAACAAGAAAAGGAGUAAAUGUACCGUUAAUAGAAGCCUGAAGUUCCACUUAUAGGAAUUUAGGGGUAUUUAAAAACAAACAGAGGAAGCGUAUGCAGUGCCCUUUUGUUGUGGAGUGGAACUUUGUUCAGAAAAAAAGAACUCUUGGGACAGGGAGAGCCAGCCAUGGAAGAUUUUGGAUCCGCUCUAGAGAAGAACGCCGCGGAGCUGACAGUCAUGGAUGUGUAUGACAUCGCUGCCGUGGUGGGCCAGGAGUUUGAGCGGAUUAUAGACCAGCACGGCUGUGAGGCGCUGGCCAGGCUGAUGCCCAAAGUAGUGCGGGUGCUGGAGAUUCUGGAGGUGCUGGUGAGCCGAAACAACAUCAACCCUGAAACCGAGGAGCUGCGGCUGGAACUGGACAGGCUGCGCCUGGAGAGGAUGGACCGGAUGGAAAAAGAGAGGAAGCACAAAAAGGAGCUGGAGCUGGUGGAGGACGUGUGGAGAGGGGAAGCCCAGGAUCUGCUGACCCAGAUCACACAGCUUCAGGAGGAGAACAAGAACCUCCUCACUAACCUCUCCCCCAGGGACGCCAGCAUGACUGUGGAGGCCUUUCACAAGCAGGAAGGGAUGUCAGAGAGGGAGAGGCAGGUGAUGAAGAAACUGAAGGAAGUCGUGGACAAGCAAAGGGACGAGAUCCGAGCGAAAGACAGAGAGCUGACUCUGAAGAACGAGGACAUUGAGGCACUACAGCAGCAGCAGAACCGGCUGAUGAAGAUCAACCACGACCUGCGGCACAAGAUCACGGUGGUGGAGGCGCAGGGCAAGGCGCUCAUCGAGCAGAAGGUGGAGUUGGAGGCAUUCCUGCAGACUCACGAGCAGGAGAUGAGCAAGCUGCGGACCGAGAUCGGGAAACUGAGGGAGAAACUGCAGGGCGAGCCCAGCCACAACGGAGAGGAGCCCAAGGCGGAAUCUAUCAUCGAAGAGGAAUCGGCUGCAGAGAAAAUGGCCUCAGAGUUGAAAGACCCAAACCGCCCACGCUUCACCCUGCAAGAGCUUCGGGACGUGCUGCACGAGAGGAAUGAGCUGAAAGCUAAGGUGUUCCUGUUGCAAGAAGAGCUGGCCUAUUACAAAAGCGAGGAAAUAGAGGAGGAGACGGGCUCCCCCACUCCGACCCCCCCACCAGUCCUGCACUCCAGACCAGCGACCCAGCCCGAGUCCGGUAUCAAAAGACUGUUUAGUUUCUUCUCACGGGACAAAAAACGCAAUUUGCAGAGAAACGUGCGGUUUGAAGACACGUUCAGUGCGUGGGCAGAUAAAGAGGACGCCUACACCGAACAAGGGCAAGAAGCUUUGCAGCAUCUCUGAUUGAGUGCAUUCGUUAACCUGGACUAAGAAGCAGCACAGUAUGAAUGCUACUGGCCAAUACAAAAUGUGACUAUGAAAAUUAUAAUUAAAAAAAAAGAAACUGUCAAGAUCUAAAGGGAACAGGUCUCGGUUAACAAGCCUCUCUCUCUUCUGGCUACUAUGGAUGAUCCAAUACCAACAAAACCAACACCUCGGUCCAGUUUGUCCCCCGAAAAAAAAAAAUUGUUUAUCAUUCAAGUCACAGAAUUUGGUCGGACACAUUUCACCAGCCGUGAUGAGUGGCUAAACCUUUAAAUGUGAUUUAAAAGCGACGCUAGAAAGUUGCUUGAAACUGCACACAUAGUAAAAAUGCUUGGUUUAUCUAAGGAUUAAAAUGCAUUAAUUUAGUGUUUUAUGGUUGUCCAACGCCCACUAUACACAGUGGAACUAAUCACACUUCACAUGUGGAGAAGUAACCUUGUGUAUAAGAACAUAAGAAAAGUUUGGGAAUGAGAAAACGGGCUUGCGUGCAAGACAGGCAGACAGUGUAUUAGGGGAGGUAUCCUUUGACAGGUUACUGGAAUCUAGAACGUUCAUCUAAUGAGCUGAGGUUCUGGAAUCCUGCAAGAACCAAGUCAUGUGACUGCUCCAAACGGUACACCCAUGGAAUAUAUAACACCAUAUGAUGAAAUUGAGAAGGAAGUAAUGAAUAGUCUUGUAGAAAAAUAGUUUGUGGAACAAAGCAAGUGGAGGGGAUUAUACCCUAAAAUUGCAGUGUAGGUGCCAGAGACCUGUGGUAAUGGUUGGAUUCACAUAGAAAGUGAGAGUGACAAUGGAGUGACAGUUGCUGCAAAGUGUGGCACAAAACAAUAGAUGAAAGAGAAUGAGGUGAGAGUUUCAGAACAGAACCAAGACAGUAACAAAGAGAAAGGCAGUGAGGCAAAGGCAUACGUGUUAAUGAAGUGUUACAUUGUUAAAAAACCAAAUGAAAUCAGAAACCUUUACUUAACCAGAUUAGAAACGGUUUCUUUUACAAGAGCGAUUUGGCACAAGAUGGUACAAACAAGCGGCACAUAGUACUUGAAGUGGUACAAAAAGACCCAGAGUUUCAGCCUGUUUUGCAUUUGGGGUGCAUCAUUAAAACUGUAGUUAAUUGGUAGACAUACCUAGAAUCGCUCCCGAGUUCACCUGGACACUCCAAAUCAUCAGCAUCCCCUCAUUCACCAGCAAGCUCCAGAAAUAAUGUCUGCAAAAGUUACUUUGCAAUUCCGAGAAAUAAUGAAGGGAGUUAUGAAAUGAUCCCUGCUCAAUAGGGCUUGGAGAACACCGUAAAACAGUAUUAUGAAAUUGUGAACAAAAAAACAAAACAAAAAAGCUAUUAACUUGGUCUUUUAAGACCUGGCUAAUUGUUUUGCUUUCUAUUUUUUAUAAAUUGUAUUACAUAAAUAUGAUUACUCUCAAUGUAUAUGUUGGCAUAGUCCUACGAAGAGGGAUAGCAGUUUUUUUUUUUUUCUAUUGAUUUACUGUAAAACUGAAUUAGGUUGAAGCACUUUCCCUAGACUGUUCACCUGUGCUGUAUAUCCAAACUAAUCUUAACGAGCCCUGUUGUGUACCACAGAAGAGCUGAACCUGUCUUCAGCACGUGUUCUUCUGAUCAACCCAGGAAACGCAUAAGGAAUUACAAAUGCCUGGAUUGUGUUAAAUAAAGGGAUAACAGUCAUUUAAAUUCUGAAACAGGGAAAAAAGAUUGCAUUUUGCCCUCGCUUUUCAGCCUCAAGGAGCACAAUAUUGUACAGCUGUAGUCUUGUUAAUGCCUGGCAUCCCAUAAAUACUAAAAAAAAAAAAAAAAAACAUUUCAUGGCAAUUUAUUAAAUUACCACUUUACUGUAAAUGCACUAGCUUUUCAUCUUACCUUUCAGAGGCGUUUUUGUAUUGUAGAUAUUAGUUAUUCAAAAGGUGAUUUUUUUUCCAAAUCAAUAAUGCAGUAUUGACUCAAGAUACGCCUGCUUAAUAAAGUACUUAUAAUCCUUU